ACGUGCCUUGUGUUACCUUCUUAAUUCUGGACCCUCACCCAGGAGCCCAAGGACAAGACUGCCAGCCUGAGCUUGAAUUCCAACCACCUCCUGAGGCCUGCCUGGGUCCCCUCUGCUCUGACCCUUCUGUUGACAAGCAGCGGCGAGCCUCAGAGGAAGGGAGCUCUCAGCCAGACAACGCCAAGAACGCUGUCACCAUGACAACCAGUCACCAGCCUCAGGACAGGUACAAAGCUGUCUGGCUUAUCUUCUUCAUGCUCGGUCUGGGGACGCUGCUCCCUUGGAACUUCUUCAUGACGGCCACUAUGUAUUUCACAACCCGCCUGGACAAGUCCCAUAAUGUGUCUUUGGACACUGCUGAGGUAAACAAGGACAUCCAGGCCUCAGCACCCCCUGCAGCACCCUCUACCGAGCGGAGUUCUCUCAGUGCCACCUUCAACAAUGUCAUGACCCUGUGUGCCAUGCUGCCCCUGCUGCUCUUCACGUGCCUCAAUUCCUUCCUGCAUCAGAGGAUCCCUCAGUCAGUACGGAUCCUGGGCAGCCUGCUGGCCAUCCUGCUGGUGUUCAUGAUCACUGCCAUCCUGGUGAAGGUACAGAUGGAUGCUUUGUCCUUCUUCGUCAUCACCAUGAUCAAGAUCGUAUUCAUUAAUUCGUUUGGUGCCAUACUGCAGGGCAGUCUGUUUGGUCUGGCUGGCCUCUUGCCGAUCAGCUACACGGCCCCCAUCAUGAGUGGCCAGGGCCUGGCGGGCUGCUUCUCCUCAGUGGCCAUGAUCUGUGCCAUUGCCAGUGGCUCAGAGCUGUCAGAAAGUGCCUUUGGCUACUUUAUCACAGCCUGUGCGGUCAUCAUUCUGACCAUCAUCUGUUACCUGGGCCUGCCCCACCUGAAAUUCUACCGCUACUACCAGCAGCACAAGCUUGAAGGGCCUGGGGAGCAGGAGACCAAGUUGGACCUCAUUAGUAAAGGAGAGGAGCCAAGAGCAGGCAAAGAGGAGCCCAGGGUCUCAGCCCCCAACUCUCAGCCCACCUCCAAUAAACCCUCUGUCAGAGCCAUCCUCAAAAAUAUCUCAGUCCUGGCUUUCUCCGUCUGCUUUGUCUUCACUGUCACCAUUGGGUUAUUUCCUGCUGUGUCCGCCGAGGUCAAGUCCAGCAUCGCGGGCGCCAGUGCCUGGGGAAACUACUUCAUUCCUGUGUCCUGUUUCUUGACUUUCAAUGUCUUUGACUGGCUGGGUCGGAGCCUCACAGCCGUAUUCAUGUGGCCUGGGAAGGACAGCCACUGGCUACCAAGCCUGGUGGUGGCCCGGGUGGUGUUCGUGCCCCUCUUGAUACUGUGCAACGUGCAUCCCCGCUACUACCUGCCUGUGGUCUUUGAGCACGAUGCCUGGUUCAUCUUUUUCAUGGCCGCCUUCGCCUUCUCCAACGGCUACCUCGCCAGCCUCUGCAUGUGCUAUGGGCCCAAGAAAGUGAAACCGGCUGAGGCGGAGACCGCAGGAGCCAUCAUGGCCUUCUUUCUGUGUCUCGGCUUGGCACUGGGGGCUGUCUUCUCCUUCCUGUUCCGGGCAAUUGUGUGA